AAAGAGAAAGAGAUAAACACAGAGUUUUCAGUUCAACAAUGGUGGAAAACGGUGAACGUAAUGAUCAGUUAAUGAACAAGAAAGGACAAUGGAACGAGGAAGAAGACAGGGUUUUGAUGGAGUACAUUCGUGUCCAUGGUUGUGGUCGCUGGAAUCGCAUUGGUAACAUUACUGGCUUGAUGAGAUGCGGAAAGAGUUGUCGACUGAGAUGGCUUAAUUAUCUUAAUCCGAUGAUUAACCAUGGAGAUUUCUCCGACGAAGAGAAUGAUCUCAUUAUUCGGCUUCACAAACUCCUUGGCAAUAGAUGGUCGUUGAUUGCUGGAAGGAUACCGGGAAGAACAGAUAAUCAAGUAAAAAACCAUUGGAAUACAAAUUUAAGGAAAAGUUUGGGUGUAAACGACGUCGUUGUGAAAGGAGGAAGGAAGAAAAAGUCAAUGGUGAUGGGCUCAAAGAAAAGGGGAAAGCCCAUUGAGAAUGCUUCUGAAGAUAAGAGGCCCAAAAGUGAUAGAAAUGAAGGCCCAUUGAAUGAUGAUCAUCAUCAGGUUUGUAAUUCGGUGGAGACAAUAUGGUUCAGGCCCAAUGAAGAAGAAGAUUUGAUGAACUUUCACAUUCCUAAUGAUUUUCUUGAUUUCGUUAACUUUGAUAAUUUGUAUUAACCUAAUUAAUUAUCUUCCUUUUUAGGCCUAUGUUAAAAUCACUAGAAUAAAUGUUUCUUAGUUUUUAUUUAUUUAUGAGUGACUAGCAGCUAGCUAUGUAAUCAUAUUUAUCUUGUUUUAAUCUUUGAGUUGCAUUAUUAGUAAUUAAUUAAUUAAU